AUGUCAAUGCCUUUUCUUGGAAUAAAUCGGCCAAUUCAACCGAUGACUAAUAUAUCUAAUAAUCAGUCAACUACAAAGAAACGUCCUUUAUCUCCUAUGCUACCAGUUGAUCCUGCUUCAAAAAAUAAACAACGUGCAAACAGCCAUUUGAAUGUUUCUAUGAAUUCCACGAGCAAAAUGUUACAAAAAUCACCACACGGAGGGAAUAUGAAUGUUAAUUAUAAUUCUGCUUAUAUAUCUUCUCCAAUGUCGGACCAAUUUUCUAAGAACAAACAGCGUACAAAUAAUUAUUCAAAUAUUCCUAUGAAUUCGACUAAUAAAAUGUUACAAAAUUCACAAAAUGGAGAGAACUUGAAUGUUAUUUACGCACAAUCUGCUUAUCUGUCUCCAUCACUGUCAGACCAAUUUUCUAAAAAUAAGAAUCGUAAGUCCUUGUCUAGUCAACAAAAUAUACCCUUUAUUCGGGGAUCAAAACAAAAUCUUAAUGCUAAAAUUGAAAAGUCUACAAGGCCUUUACCCGAU